AUGGAAGCAACUCGGGCUGAGGAGAAGAAAGACAAAAUGGAUGGUAGCUGUUUUGGAGACCUCCUGAAGAAGCCACUAGAGACCAGAGCCUCCCCGCACAUCUUCUCAUCCUUCCACAAGCCCAUGGCCAUGGACACGCGGCAUCAUGACGGGUGCCACUCGUACCACUACGAACCGCACGCCGUCCACACCGUCCACAGGCCCGUAGGAAUUCCAGGCAGCCCUGUCAUCUCUGAUAUCUCUCUGAUCCGUCUAUCUCCUGCGUCCAUGGCGACCGGCGACUCCCCCUUCAGCCCCCCGCACGUUUACGUCAACCCUCACAUGGAGCACUACCUGCACGGCGGCCCUACGCUGUCCAUGAUCUCGGCAGCCAGAGGCCUGAGCCCCACUCACAUGGCUCACGACCAUUUCAAAGAUGGCAGCCUGUUUGGGCUCCCACCACCUUCUCCGACCGAAGUGACUCUGACCAGGGAGUAUUACCAGUUGAUGGCGAGCCACCACGGCUCCUACGGCGAGCUGCUCAUGCAGGGGACGGGGCUAGCUGCAGGUGCCCACCUGUCAGACUACAUGACCCCCAUUGAUGUAUCGCGACUGACUCCGAGGUUGAGCAGGAAGAGAACGCUGUCCAUCUCACCUCUGUCCGACGCCAGCGUGAACCUUCAGACCAUGAUCCGCACCUCGCCCAGUUCGCUGGUGGCUUACAUCAACAACUCCCGGUCCGGCUCGGUUGCCAGCAGCUCUUAUGGACACCUGUCCGUCGGAGGACUUAGCCCGUCCUUGGCCUUCCCUCAUCCCAUCAGCCCCGUGGCCUACCAGCAUCUGCUGGCUCUGGGCCACACUCCGCCACUCCUCCAGCCGGCGGCCGCCUACCCCGGCUGCCAGCCCGGCCUCGGAUUCUCAUCGCCGUCCGUUCCGGUCCACGCCGACGACCUGGCGUCCCAAAACCCCUGCGGAGAAUCAGUCACCAGCUGCACAGUUGACCCCGUCAUCACCAAGAGGUCGAAGGUGAAACCCGAAUCCAAACCGAACAAAACCAGCGUACCGACACAGAACCAUGAGAGCAUCUCAGAACUUAAAGUGGACCAUGACGAUUGCAAAGCAAAGCCGGAAGCCCCGUGCGAGUCCAACUGCCACUGGGAGGGCUGCAGCACAGAGUACCAAACCCAAGAGCAGCUGGUCCACCACAUCAAUAACGACCACAUCCACGGGGAGAAGAAAGAGUUUGUGUGCCGCUGGGACGAAUGUUCUCGGGACCAGAAGCCCUUCAAGGCUCAGUACAUGUUGGUGGUUCACAUGCGCCGGCAUACAGGAGAGAAACCGCACAAGUGCACGUUUGAGGGCUGCUCCAAGGCCUACUCUCGUCUGGAAAACCUCAAGACCCAUCUGCGCUCUCACACCGGGGAGAAACCUUACAUGUGCGAGCGCGAGGGGUGCAACAAGGCUUUUUCCAACGCUUCGGACCGAGCCAAACAUCAGAACCGCACGCACUCCAAUGAGAAACCGUACGUUUGCAAAAUGGCGGGCUGCGUCAAGCGCUACACGGACCCCAGUUCGCUGAGGAAGCACGUGAAAACGGUCCACGGCCCAGAGGCCCACGUCACCAAGAGGCAGCGGGGGGACCUCCUGACCAGGCUGGCGCCCAAGGACAACAGCGAGAACCAGACAAUCCACGAGAAACGCGCAGACAGCAGCGCCCCCGCAGGUGCGGAGGACUUCACGCAUGUCAACUCCAUCAAGACGGAAACUCCCGUGAUGCAGCAGUCCAGCCCUGGCGGUCAGUCACUGCGUAGCAGCGAACCAUCACCGCUUGGUGGGGCCACCGACAAUGACGGUGGAGUAGAAAUGGAAGGCUUGAGCGCUGGAAGCCUGCGGGACUUCAACUCGCUGUGGAGUCUUUGGGUGAUUCUAAUGGCGAAGAAGCAGGAUCAGCGAACGUCAGCAUCCAGGAGCAGCUCAGCUGUCAUCUAUAUCUGGAGUAUAUCAAGAAGAAGAGGAGGGACUUCUGCCAAUGGACCGCCAAGCCAACAUUUGCCGCUGCCACCAGUACCAGCAGGCGUGUUCCUCUGGCAGAGUCAAGGCAUUGGUCCUGGGUCUGCUGAGAAGUCUGAACUUACUCGACACCCUCAGCCUCCGCUCCUCAGGCAACUCCUCUUCGCUGCUCCAGUCAGAUCUCACACUUGA